AUGCAGGUUAAAAACCAGAUCUGCACAGAGCGGAGCAGCACCGACGACCCGGAGCAGGAUGACAACCAGAAGAAGACCUCGUGCUUUUCCAACAUUAAGAUUUUCCUGGUGUCGGAAUGUGCGCUCAUGUUGGCACAGGGCACCGUGGGCGCCUAUCUGGUAAGUGUUCUGACCACUCUGGAGAGACGCUUCAACCUCCAGAGUGCCGAUGUGGGCGUCAUUGCCAGCAGCUUCGAAAUCGGCAACCUGGCCCUCAUCCUGUUUGUCAGCUACUUUGGCGCCAAGGCCCACAGACCCCGCCUGAUUGGCUGUGGAGGGAUUGUCAUGGCGUUGGGGGCACUGCUGUCAGCCCUGCCAGAGUUCCUGACUCAUCAGUAUGAGUACGAGGCUGGGGACUCGUGGCACGCUGAGGACGGCAGGGAUGUCUGCUCCAACACCUCCAGGUCAGAGAACCGAGACUCUGGGUUUAAAUGUGGCAACAGAGCCAACACCAACAUGAUGUACCUUCUGCUGAUCGGAGCCCAGGUCCUGUUGGGCAUCGGGGCCACACCUGUCCAGCCUCUGGGAGUGUCUUACAUCGAUGACCAUGUACACAGGAAGGACUCCUCGCUGUAUAUAGGUAUUUUAUUUUCAACACUAGUGUUUGGCCCGGCCUGUGGCUUCAUCUUAGGUUCUGUCUGUACCAAAGUCUAUGUUGAUGCUGUCUUCAUCGACACCAGUACACUGGACAUCACCCCAGAUGACCCUCGCUGGAUCGGGGCGUGGUGGGCCGGCUUCCUUCUCUGCGGUGCCUUACUCUUCGUGUCAGCCCUCUUCAUGUUUGGCUUCCCCCAGUCGCUGGACGAGCAGGACAUGGAUGGUGGAGGGGAGAGUGAGCAGGCCAUGCUGCCUUCUUCCCUGACCCUGGAGUACCAGGGCUCUAAACCCAACGGGGCCAUUCAUGGCUUUGAUAUAAACAGCGGACUCUCAGUUUGUGAGCAUCUGAGAGUAAUCCCCCGGGUAACAAGGCACCUUCUCUCUAAUCCGGUGUUCAGCUGCAUCACAUUGGCAGCCUGCAUGGAGAUUGCUGUGGUUGCUGGCUUUGCUGCCUUCCUGGGAAAAUACCUGGAGCAGCAGUUCAACCUUACCACCUCCUCAGCCAAUCAGCUGCUAGGUAUGACGGCCAUCCCCUGUGCCUGUCUGGGUAUCUUCCUCGGGGGUCUGCUGGUGAAGAAACUGAACCUGUCAGCUUUGGGCGCUGUCCGAAUGGCCAUGCUGGUCAACCUGGUGUCCACUGCCUGCUAUGUCUCUUUUCUUUUCCUGGGCUGUGACACCGGACCUGUCGCCGGGGUGACUGUCGCCUACGGCAACGAGACGCUGCGGUCCUGGCAGCGACCUGAGUCACCGUGCAUCAAUAACUGUAACUGCUACACAGCAUCAGUGAGCCCUGUCUGUGGCUCCAACGGAGUCACCUACCUCUCAGCCUGCUUCGCUGGCUGCAUCAAACCAAACCUGACCAGCUGUACGUGUAUAUCCAGCACCAGUGAAGAUGCGGUGGCUUUACCAGGGAAGUGUCCCAGUCCAGGCUGUCAGCAGGCCUUCCUCACCUUCCUAUGUGUUAUCUGUGUGUGCAGCAUGAUCGGAGCUAUGGCCCAGACACCCUCUGUCAUCAUCCUUAUCAGAACUGUAAGCCCAGAGCUUAAAUCUUAUGCCCUUGGAGUUCUGUUCCUGCUCCUGAGACUGAUAGGCUUCAUCCCUCCCCCUCUGAUCUUCGGCAUGGGCAUCGACUCCACCUGUCUGUUCUGGAGCACCGUCUGCGGCGAGAAGGGAGCAUGUAUGCUGUACGACAAUGUGGCCUACAGGCAUCUGUAUGUCAGCAUCGCCAUUGUCCUCAAGUCGUCAGCCUUCAUCCUGUACACCACCACGUGGCAGUGCUUGAGAAAGAACUACAGGAAAUACAUCAAGAACAGCGAGGGUUACCUCACACCCACCGAACUCUUCGCCUCCAAUGUGACUCUGGACAAUUUAGGCAAAGAGAUCACCCAGAACCCAGCCAACAGGACAAAGUUCAUAUACAACCUGGAGGACCAUGAGAUGUGUGACAACAUGGAGUCAGUUUUAUAGUGGCGGUCUGCAAUGGGAUUGCAUACUGAGGCUGUUAAUGUGCAACUGAUGUGCGAUGUGUCUUUGGUGUCGUAUCAGUUUAGAAGAAUGUUGUCAGUAAGGGUCUUAGCUUCUUCUCACCCAAAACAUCAGACAUAGUGAAAAAAAAUGAAGAGUUUCCCAAAAUGCUCUAUAUCCACAUUGCACUUAAUGUUUUUUUAAACUGAAAUACAUAUGAUUUGGUCCAUUUUUUGUCAGACAAAAUCAUAAGCUGACUUGAAAACAUUUCUUGCGGUUAUUUUAGUUUUUUUUCCCUUAAUUUGACAGCAGAAUAGAGAUUGACAGCAAACAUUAGGAAAGAAAGGAGAAAAGGCACGCAACAAAUGUUCCCAGCCAAAUGUGAACCAGGGACAUUGCAUUUAAUGCGUCAUACCACUAAUACACCAGGACACCUCUGGAAUGAUCCACUGUUCAGUUCAAAUUGGCGUCAUAUUAGGUUUAGAUUUAUUACAAGGCCAGAGCUCUUUGAGAAGCAGAGGUCUGAAAUUUUGGUUAUUCAUUAGCUUUAUUAGACAGUUUAUUUUCCUUUAGAAGGAAGUACUUCUCAGGUCCAGAUGUAAGAUAGAAAGGACAGGUCGUUCAUCAUUAGAUGAUGCAUAUUUUAGCUCAUGGUUAGAGCACUUUUCCAGACAUGCAGAACAUACUAGGCAACCUUUCCACAGACUUAUUAACAGACUUGUUUAGAAGAUUUAAAUUUAACAUAAAAAAUAGGGAAAGAUAGAGAUGCAUUGUCUACAGAGGCCUGACAAAUAGGAUACUGGCCAGGGGAUAGGCAUAAUCCAAGUAAUUUAGAAUAAUAAUAAAGGAAAUCAACACCUGGUUGUGACUCAAUGCGGCCCGAUUUCCUGGAUACAUCGUUAAAGCUUCAGUUCAGAGGAGAGGGCAGAGUCAAAGUAUAAAAGUAGUACAGACUAAAUACUGACCCCUCUAGCCUAAAAUGAAGCCAAUUAAUUUCAAACCAAUUAUACAAUAACUGCACGUUUCUUUAAUCUCAACUCCAGUGAGCCAAACCCAGAUACAGUAAGCAGUGGAAAAUUAAUGAAAGAUUUAGUUUUGUAAAUAAAUCAUAUUGCUUAGCUUAUUGUGCAAUAUCUUCUAAAACCAGAAAUGAAGAUUACAACAAUAUUUGUAACAGAAACUGAUUUUAUUUUUCAUUUUGUCAUUUUUUCAGGAGUAGAGGGCUCUGUUCUCCAGAGGGUGGAUAAUAUCCCAUUUUGGAACCAAACUCUUCAGUUUGAGUUGUUGCACAUAUUGUUCAGAUUUUAAAAACCAAGGAAUAGAGUCUUUCUCACCAGCUUUCAGUGUAAUUGGUCCAUUCUUGUUCUGGAGGGCACUUUAGGAGAUUUGUUGAAGGUAGAGCCAGUACGUAAUUAUCCCUUUACUGUGUCAUAGUGUGGAGUUUUGCUAUGAAUGCUCGAUAAGAUUGUGAGAGUAAUUUUCUGUUUCAGAGCUACAGAAAUGUUUCUUUUUUAAAAACUACACACCAUUUUGUUGAUAUUAACUUUUUCUCUUUGACAGUUAUAGAAAUUAGGCGCAAAUUCCAAAAGCAAACUUCUACGUAGGCGUAUAGCUAAUUAAUGAUGAUGAUGACACAUGAGCUGACUCAGUAACUGAACUUGUGACAUUUCAGUUACAUGACUAUCUUCUUAACCACUGAUUUGACCGUACCACCAUUAUAAUUCUGCCAGGAACACUUGUGUAAAUGGCAAAUCGAGACAGAAAUACAGUUUGACUUGGUGGUGUAAUUCUACUCUUGGGGAUGCCCUGCAGCAGUAAUGCAUGGAAUACAUAGCAACAUGAUAAAUAACAAGCAGGGAACACUGCAAAUAAGACUCUCUAGGGUGUGUGUGUAGUAGGGCCAAAGCAGGUGGAGGCAGAUGGGGG